GCAGGUUGAUGUCAUAGAUAAUUCAUUGACACAUCGACAAAACCCUUGUAAUAACUUCUGUUCUUCGUAUACUUCAGUAAGAAACUACUUUUCUAAAAAAUCCCACGCACAAAGUUAUUCAAGUGUGGUUGCAAGAUGGCUGAACCUUGAGCGAGCUUUUCCUAACGAAAAGCGCGUCUCCAGGCGAUGAUAUCUUUAAACGAGUUCAAGAACACGAUACAUGGUCAGAUCACCGUGAUUUAUGGCUUUUGUAGAUCCUGUCUUGAUUCUCGGCCUGUUUGUGUUGCGAUUCACGUUUUGCUCUGGUAGAGUUUGUGAGGCGGAUAGAAAUACAAACGGCUGCAGUACACCUAUGGGAAUCAACGCGCCGUUUAAGAGAGAGUUCACGCCGGCUUGUGACAAACACGACAUAUGUUAUGGAUGUGUAAGUGUGUUUCGCUUGAGUGCAUAACGAAGAACGUGUCCGUUGAAUUGCGUUACGUCGUAAUUUGUGGAACUCUUCACCAAAAAUGUUAUACUUUGUGUCCAAAAUGGGAAGGAAACGAUCAAUGUCAUUCCUCGUUCACAGUUAUCAUGUUUACUAAAUUGCUUUGAGAAAAUUGGUUAUUUAUGUCACAGUAACAAAUUCCGUCCCCUUACAUAAAGACCGAAAAAUUUAUCUAACCUCGAAUAUUGAUAAAGGUGCCAUGAUUUCCCCGCAAAGGAGUAACGAAUAUAUUUGAUCUGACAGCCAUGUUAUCAUGGGCCCAAAGUUAAAAGACCUUAAAAGGAAUUAUGCGUAUUCUUUGCGACAAUGGACUCUUAUAAUAAAAAAGAAACUUGAACAUUUUUUCUAGGUUAUUAUUAAAAUUCGCAUAACGUCCGUAGCCAACGUCUUAGAGUUGCGCGGCUUUGGAGAUCAUACCUGCCAAGAGAAAAAACAUACAAUUAAGUUGUCUGUGUAUAAAGGCAAGCUUCCACCACAUCAAACAGAUUCAGAUAUUAAAAAAGGGACAUUAGAAUAUGAACAGUGCUCUCUAUAUAUUUAUUGGCACGAAAGCCAUUCAAAUUUUUUUCCACUGAAUUUUAAAUUUGAAGAUCGCUAAGCAGUUAAAAUAAUGGAGUUUUUAAAGCGUAUAUUCUAUCCCGAGAAGUCAGAGUUAUACUCAUAAACAUAUUAAUACCUGUUAAAUGAUAUGUUCCACAGGGUAACCACUAUAACUGGACACGAGAGGCCUGCGACAAAGCGCUACUUCGCGACAUGAUACAGUCCUGCCAUAGGCGUGUACACAGCAGAACCAGGCGUGGCGUUAUGGAUGCCUUGUUGGACAUCUGGUAUUUCUUUCAAGGAAUCAGCAAAGAAGAGAGAAGAUGCAAAUUGGCUGCGGAAAUGUAUUAUAAAAUUGUACGCACUUUUGGUGCCUCGCACUUCGAGAAGAAAGAUCACAUCUAUUGCAUUAACACUUGCGCGGAUCAACAUGGAAGUCCUUUUGUAGAGCUAUAGCAGUCUCAUGUUCAUACAUGCCUGUGCUGCAGGUCAUCAAUUUAACAAGGAGACCAAUUGCUGAACAGAAGUGAAGACUCGAUUCCUGGGGAUAAAAUCUUUUAAGGGUUAUAUCAUUACUAUCAUCAAUUCUGAUUCAAGUUCAGAAUAGUCAGGAUUGAGAAUUAGAGAAUUGACGUUUAGUUUUCUCAAGGUAGACUUUGAAAACAUUACGAGCAUUCUUGGUACAUUGCGAGCGAAGAGGGAAAUCAUGGAAAGCUAGGAACAUCACUGACUUCUGAUGACAGAAUUAGGUUUGUGACUCAUAGGGCCGGAGAAAACUUGACGCCGAUCGGUGGUCAUGAUCUCAAGGGUUAUUUACGCACUCCGCGCGCAUGUCUGCUCGAGCACGGACUUUAGGAACUGAACACGAAUACACGCCAACAAUACUAAAACCUUAUAUGUGGCACAGAACUUGAGACAACAGCAGAGUAUAACCUGCGAUCAGACGUUCUUUUUUCGGAGCGCGAAAGAGUAACAACACAAGUAGACAAGAGUCCGUCUUUCUCGCAUUUCCUUCCCCCCCCCCGAAAAAAGAACACUUGAUCACAUGUUUUGCGGUGCAUAAAAGAGAGAAUUAAAUUUCCCAUGAUGGCCAGUUUGAAAUGAUAAUUAAUAUUACGCCUCAAGAGUACACAAGGAUGCUCAACCCACCACUGCCCGAAACCAAUGGUGACGUUAGGAAAAUCACUGGAUCAGCGUGAAAAGGCGAAAAUUAAUUAUAAAACGGAACUUUUACGCAAAAUAUGACAACCUGCUUUUGUUUACUGAAAUAAAGGAAC